CUGUUUUAUUGCAUUAGUAGCGCGUCUGUUUUCGUCAGUGAAAAGCAUAUGUUUUUUAACGUCGCCCACUAUUACGCACGCUUGUCCCGGCCAAGUGCAACAACGACUGGCUGAAAUUCUGGGGAGGAGCAAAUUGGGUUACUAGGUAGGGAAGAAGGGAAAGGAGGUGAUGGACAAGUGCUCUACUUUCCUUAUCCUUUCUCGCCCCCCUCUUUGGGGUUGAUCUAAUCAAACCUAUCCGUCGACAACGCAGACACUUCCUUUCGCCGGUUACCGACUUGUGGCAGUUGCCGUUUAUGUGUCAUACGCUACAAACACGUUUUACGCAUAGCGACUAGUACAACCUCCAAUCAAACUGGAGAUUCAGCUGUUUUUGUUUUUAUAGGCUUGUUUUUUUUUUUUAGUAAAGGGAUAGAAUGUUGACUCUAGCUCAGCUUGGUAGUAACCUGAAACGACAGACGGUGUCGAAUGAUUUGAGCAACAAAGAGGCACAGUCUGAUCCAUCCACAUACCGAUUUAUUCAAGUUAGGGGCAGCUCGUUCCGCACGAAAUCCAAAGAUAAUCGAAUCAAAAUUAAGGACACAAAUAACGUCCACUACGACUUCCGGGGACCUUCAGCCGUCAACACAGAUGAGCAAACGUGCGCCCAAUUUAAGGUGAUGAUGCUGGGAGACUCAGGGGUGGGUAAAAGUUGCCUGUUGAUCCGCUUCAAAGACAAGACCUUCAUGUCGGGUUCUUACAUCGCCACAAUUGGUAUAGAUUACAGGAAUAAAGUACUCGUGGUUGACGGUGCCAAAGUAAAGUUGCAGAUAUGGGACACCGCCGGCCAAGAACGAUUUAGAAGCGUAACACACGCGUAUUAUCGCGACGCUCAUGCUCUGUUCCUCCUCUACGACGUGACCAAUCGCAAAAGUUUCGACAACACUCGAGCGUGGUUGGCCGAGAUCAAUGAAUAUGCGCACCGAGACGUCAUCAUCAUGUUAUUAGGAAAUAAAUGUGACAGUGAGGACCGCGUUGUGAAUCGUGAAGAUGGCGAACGACUUGGUCGGGAGUACAAGGUUAACUUUAUGGAAACAUCUGCCAAAACUGGCCUUAACGUUGACGUUGCCUUCACCGAAGUAGCCAGAGCGUUGAGGGAUAAACGUACAACAGUCAGCGCUUCGUACGGCGUCCAGGAAUAUGUAGAGCCCAGACAGUGGUCGCAAAAUGUCUGCUCUGCAUGCAACACAUCCUGAACAAUGGUUUUCGAAAGAUAACUCAAACGGGCAAACUGUUGUCGUCCAAGAGUCGUUCAUUUUUAGUCAUCAACGCGCAACACGUGACACAAAGAAAAAAAAAUUUCUCUCCCUCCUCCACAAAAGAAAAAGUAAUAUCUCGAUUGGUGUUCAUCUUCGUUUUCCAUCCGAUUGUGUCGUUUUAAAUUAUUUAUGUAUAAAGACUAUACGGUACACUUUCACAAUGAGAAUGGCACUUUGUUCCAUAUGUACAAAAUUCGUUUUUCCCUUUAAAAAUUCUAAAUAACUGUUGCCGUAUUCACGUGUGGUGGCACGUGGCUUCUGUAGCUUUAGAUACAAUACACGCUGUAUGUUCGUUCGA